AUGACGGUGAAUGAGACUACAGUUUUUCGCGACUCGGACAGGUUGCUACACGUUCCGAGGAAGUUUAAAACUGUAGCGUCGACUGUCACAGCAAGUAUAUUUCGCAACGUUCUCCCAGUACCCCCGGCACCCUCCCGAGACCGGCGCGUUUCCUGUGAUGCUAAAACUCCACCACAUAAUUCGACUGCGCAGACCAUUCUAGCAGAGACCGCUGAUGAUGUCGUUCUUCCAGAUGAUGCGCAACACCAAGAGCCAAUUCCUAUUCCGGAUGAGCCGGAACACCAACAGGAAACCGGACCAUUCCGAGAUGCUGUCGAGCUGCCACACGUUUCACCCAAGAUCUACGUAUAUCCCCACAGCGGAGGAGAAGUCAACGAUGCGUUCCGGAGUCGCUUCCACGAGGUGGUGAAUCUGUUCAGAUUGAACACGGAGCAACAUUCUCCGUUGAAAGCUCAUCUAGAGCACAUCGACUAUGAGCUCAGGAUGUGCGGAACUUCAAUCCUCGAAGCCCAUCCAUCCAUCAUUGUGUUUUGUCGACCCAGCGAGUUCAGCUACUUGAGAUCACUUCUCAACAGUAAACAUCUCAAAAUGCAGUAUUGUUUGCGCAAGUCGUCUCCAAGAUAUUCUUGGAAAACUUGGGGGAAGAGCGCUGUAACACAACCUUCAGACACAUUCAAGCCAUUGUUCAAUCUGUAUUUCUGGAGAGCGCAAAGGCCGCGCAUUCUGUACUCGCACAGGCACUCUAUGGAGUCGGCCUCGGUACUCGUUGAGCCGGCUGAAGGUCCAUAUUCAAGGCUCACCAUGUCGGGUAGUGUCGUCGCCGCCUCCUUACCAGGAGGGGGCCAUUUGACUUCGACAAUUGGUUGCAUCCUCCAAGUUGAUUCAAGGUUCUAUGGGCUGACCGCUGGGCAUUUGCUUCACCGAGAACGCCUGCAUGGAACAAAAAGCCCUCAGUGUGGUGACUCGACCUGUACCGUUCGAACGAAGGACGCGCUACAAGGACCAGAUGCGGCUUCAAUUAUCACACAAGCAAGGGCUAGUCUGUCGGAUGAUGGAUCCAGCAUGAUUUCAGGCGUUGACAUGGCCGAAUCCGCCUACACGGCACAUACAUCCCUUCCAGACUCGGGCCUGAAUCAUCAGAUUACCAAUGAUCUUAGCACUGACGAUGACGAUUUCGUAGAUGAUAUCGACUACGACGACUUGGUAGAGAAUGAUCGGGACGCGCCAAGAGCAGUUGAAGCUUGUCAAUUCCAACCCAUCCUUUCUGAAAAUGGGCAGGCGCGUAAGACCACAAUCCUUGCUCCGUCCAGCUGCCCGAUAAUCGGCGCGUGCUGCAAAGUCCCGGAUAAUGAUUGGGCUUUGAUAGCCUUGGAUACAACAGAGUCUCGGCUACCCAACGCCUUUUUUGACGCCAACCGCACGUCCGAUCCAGCAUUUUUCUCCAGCACUCCUGGAAGUUUGCCUGAAGAAGAGACUCCUGUCUUCAUAGUUACUUCAAACCAAAGAGUACUGAGGGGGCUGCUGCAGCCCGUUCCGUCUUUCUUGGGAGGCAUAACCCGCAAGGUGCAGGCCGAGUACUGGACUGUAGUCUUAUCUAGAGGCGCAGCUUUGCACGCCGGGGACUCGGGAGCUAUUGUCAUAGGAGCGGGUAGUCCGAUUCUUGUUUUUGGGCACAUCGUGGCGUCCAAUCCUCUGGGGGAAGUCUAUGUAAGUCCACUUGGAGCUACCAUGAGUCAGAUCGCUGGCCUGCUGGCAACGACACAUGUCUCUCUUCCAGAGCCACUCCCGCUGUUAACAGGUCUUGCGAGUUAUCACCUCGGGAAGGAGGAUGACUACGCUUUUGAACUGUUGAAAUACCUGGAUGAAUGUAUACAAGCAACUCAACAGACAUCAGACUGGUCUUCACUAGAAUCCUGGGCUUUGUGCUAUCAGCGAGUUGAGCUGUUGGGGGCUGUCAAGGAUAGCUUGCGAGUGGCGAAGGAUCCUGCAAAGAUCCGGCUUCUACAAAAGUUCUCGCCCGAUCAUUCAGAGAAAGUCCUAGGCUUCGACUUGGUGAUGUCUUUCGAGGCGGAAUCAACCGCUUUGUCGACGGCAAUGAAGAGUAGAACAUCUACUAUCUUCACUGACAGCACAGAUGAUUCUGAUUACGAGUUUGAUACUGCACAACCAGCGAUGAUAACCCCAAAGGAUCCUUGGGGUUGGCCCAGAAACACUCUUGAUGCAGAUAGCUCUGCUUCAGAUAUCGUACCUGGAAUCUCGGAGCAUGACUUGGACAGUGAACAGACUGGAAGAAAGAGCAAAGCUGAUGAACGAUUUGCAAAAGAGUCGCAGUCUCCAGAAGGAGCUGACCAGGCCGGCCACCUCGAUGAGAAUGUGGACAUGGCUCAAGAUCCUAGCGAACCAUCUCAACAGAGUACCGAACCCGGUCAUGCGCGGCGGCUUUCUAUCGAUGACGACAUGUUUCAUCAACACCUCUUAGUAUCGAAAGCACGCCUACCGUCCGCAUCUUCGGUCUGGACGACUAGGCCUUCCCACAGCGACAUAGAUGGGGGUCUAGGUGGAACACGAGCCCAAAUUAGGGAACAGGAAAUACCGCCUUUCCCACACGAAACGCUACCAGAGUACUACUGCGAAAUUGAUCUAGAAGGCGUCUUCAUGCGUAAGAUGGAAAUCAAGAACACGACCAAGCGUGCCGAGAACCGCCAGUGGCAAAUGAUCUACGCUACUCUCCACGGCACGGCCCUGAACAUCUACAACGUCAAGAAAAGUUGGCAGUGGCGGCUCGACAAGGACGGGCCCCAUCACAAUCCGGACAAUCCGGCAUGGAUAGGCCAAGGGGACUUGAUUAAAAGCUAUAGCCUUCAGUAUGCUGACUGUGGCAUCGCGGCUGAUUACAAAAAGAGACGCUAUGUGAUCCGGCUACGGGUAGAGACAGACCAGUUCUUAAUAUCUUCGGUCGAGCUCUCGACUUUUCUUGCGUGGCUUGACGGGCUAAAUGCGGCCAUCAGUGUUGCGGCACCCAUGGAAGACUGGGACAUUCCUCGUGACAUGAGCAUUCCGCGGAUAAUCCGUAUGCAAUGGCUUCAGGAUCAAGAGCCAUCGCCAACCCCCGAUCUUGCCCAGUUGAGUCGAAUCAAUUCACCCCAAUUAAGCACAACAGCCGAGAACGACAACGUCCCUGAAAGCAGUGAAACUACUGCAACGGGAUUUCCCAACGUUGUAGCUGGCUUACCCCGACGCUGGGACUCGACUGGCUCGUCCCCAGACAACUCUAUCCAUCCAGUGACGGGGAAAUGGGAACCGGAACAUCAAUGGUCGGUAGCCCACGACCUGCUAUACGCCAAGCUAUGCUACCCCAACCUGCUCUUCAGAAGCCCCCGGAAGAGCAAUUUUAUCAUCUCGAAUGGCAAGAAGUGGUAUGUCGACUGGACAACGGGUAGGAUGGUGCAGACGUUGCCACCUGCGUAUGGAUAA